AUGGUUUGUAAACCUUGCACCAACCUGUACCAGGUGCUGUACAGGCAUAUUGGUGGCCUGCCAACUCAGUUCACUGGAAUGCCGGUGGAGGCCCAACGAAACUUUUUCCUCACUAGUGGCAAAGCCUUGGCUAGCUGUCCGAGAAACUCUCGUUGGUCAAUGGUGAAGGCGAACGUGGUGAAGUCCUACACCACUUUCAAGACAGAGCAGAUGAAGCGCACUGUAACCAAAGACUUCCUACCGCUGUCGGUGUGGAAGCAGCAAGGAUUCGAUACCGAUGACAUCCAAGCUCGUGGUGAAAGGAUGGAUGACGACGUCUUCGGAGAGACAUGGUCGGCACCACUUCUGUCCAUCAAAGCAGAGGACAUUUCAGGGACCUUUGAAAAGGAGUUGACUGAGAAGGAGUGGCAGCUCAAGAAAGCCAAGGCUGGCAAGAAGCGGGCUGCGGACACACUGGCUUCUGGGUCCAGUGUCGCUCAGGGCCAGCCAGUUGUGGACGUGGAAAAUGACGUGUGGGAGGUUCCUUCAGAAGAUGAAGCACCACGCGCCAAGGGAGGCACUUCGAAGACCCCGAAGACUUCAGGAAAAGAUGACGCAGCAGUGGCAGCUCGCAAGGCAGCGCGUGAGAGGGAAGCUGCUUGGAAGAAGGAGCUGUCCAAGGCCACGCGUGUGAUUGCCAGCCUCAACUCGGUGUGCUCGAGCAUGACCACCUGCAUGGAUAAGCACCAGAAGAAUCCUGGGCUGCUUUCGGAGGACUUGGUCAAGAGCCUUUCAGAAGCCAGCGCCAAGCUCACCAGUCAUAAGCUCCGUGCUACCUCUGUGAUCAGUGCAACGCCGGAGCAGAAGGAGAACAAUUUGCCGGUGAGCGAAGUGCAGAGCGGAGUGAAGGCUGCUCAGUCUGUCUUGAAGGAUGUCCGUGCCGUCUUUAGCCUCCAUGCAGCACAAGUGAGAGGCAAGCGUAAAAAAGAAGUUGAUGAGCACCACGAAGAAAUCACCAAGGCAUUGUCGGUGAAAAGUGCAUCGGAUAGAGCAGUUUGGCAGUUAUGGAACAUCUUCAAGCCGGAGGAGCAGUCCAUGAGUCGAGGAACCUUUCUGCGUAAUGUAGACCAGCACCUCGGUGCUUGGAAGGAGGUCACUCGCCCUGUGGCGUUCAAACGCCAUGAUGGGUCACAGUUGGUCUUGCCCAUUGUGGAGUUGGAGCCAUGCUUGCAGAAGCUGUGUCGCGAAAGCGCAGCCCUGACUGCAGCCUUUCGGAGGGCAUUGGGCGGAAACCCUAUUUUGACCCCUCUGGUCUAUGCAGAUGAAUGCACGCCUGGAAAUGUGCUGAGUGUUACCAAGUCUCGUAAGGCAUGUUUGUUUUACCUCAGUUGGCGGGAGAUGUGGCAUGGAUUGAAAAACCCCAAUUGCUGGGUACCGGUAGCUGCCAUCCAAAGCUCCGCCAUCGCGUCUCUGGAAGGAGGUGUGUCUGCAGUGGUGGUCGCGUUGCUCAAAUAUUUGAUCAGCGACACUGACCCUCCUGGGAUUGAAUUGGCGCCGGGUCUUUUUUUUGGUCAGCAUUCUGCUGCCUGGUAUGUUGGCGACUACGAGUCGAUCAGGGGCGUUUUCUCACUGAAAGGUUCGGCGGGCUUACGGCCCUGUCUGUGGUGCAGCAAUGUGGUGAAAAAGGAUUCCGGUCUACCAGAGCAGGAUGGUUGGUUUAGAGACAUCACUGCCUCAAGAGGUUUUGAGAAGGUUCAGGCUGAUGAGAUUUGGGCCAUCGCUAGAAAAAUGGCGGAGCCGUGCAGCAAGAAGGAUUUGAAGGAACAGGAAGUGACUUCUGGGAUUGUUUUCAACACCCAUAGCCUUCUUUGGUCUGAUCAAAAGGAGAAAAUGGUGCCAGAGCGGAUUUUGUACGACACGAUGCAUUCGUACUACUCGAACGGGUGUGCAAGCUGGGAAAUUGCGUUAUUGCUUCAAGCCAUUUAUACCCGGACGAAUGUGACAAGAGAAGUUUUGCAGGAGGCAGUUCUUGCAUGUCAGUGGAAAAGCUUGAAAUCGGGUGGUAAAACUCAAACUUACAUCCGUGCUCUUUUUGAUGAAAAGAUCUGCAAUGAAGAACUCUUCAAGGGCCAGGCGCACCAGACAGCUGCCAUUGUCCCUUUGAUGUGGUACUACAUGGAAGCAUUACUCUUGCGCUCCCUGUCGGUGGAAGAGAUCAAAUCCUUUCGUGGCAUGGGCUCCAUUGUGGCCUUCAUUCGGAAAAAAUACCAUGAACUCAAGACACUGGACACAGAAAGUUUGAAUACAUUUCAUCGACUUCAGAAGCUGCAUCACUACUGGUUUGUAAAGGCGUACCCUGCCAGUUGCAAACCGAAACAUCAUCACCGACUGCAUUUGGCGGAGCAGUGGAAGGCAUUUCAAAUUAUAGUGUCCUGCGAGGCCCUGGAAUCAAAGCAUCGGCUCUAUAAGGCCGGCAUAGGAGAGAGGCAGCGUAGCCUUACCAACGAUCCUACUUCAUUCAGUGCCAGCUGUUUGAGUCGCCUGCUGCACGUGUCGUGCUCCGAGUUGAUCGAGCAGGGCCUCCCCUUUUGGGAACUUUUAAAGCCCAUCGAAGAUGCAUGCCUGGAUGACAAGAUUGCAUUCACCACUCAGAACCUGAAGACAAGUAAGCGUGUCUCGGUUGGGCCAUCAUAUCUUUGUGUAAAGAAGCGGUGUGCCCGCUAUACAUAUUUCAAAAUUCAUCCCUCCAAUUUAGAAUUUGAUAUCUUACGUUUAUUUUUGUUUAUUUUGUUGAACUAUAUCCAAGAAAAAUACUUUUCUACAACAUCGAUCUUUUUCCAUCAGGCUGCUACCUGGUCGCAUGCCGUGUCGAGAAGGACGACAUUAUAUUGUGGCCUUCUGUCGGAGGCAUCGUCAUUCGCUGGUUUCACAGCGACGAAUUGGGUCUGUAUGUGCGGCUGA